AUGUCUAGCCCUUCAGCUACGCUAUAUCUCGCAGCAUCUAUCUGCUAUACUUCCAUCCAGCUUCUAAAUUCCCAGGUCCUAAGUGAUGUGGUUCGCGUUGCCCCUAAUGAGAUAGUAUUUUCGACGCCACGGGCAGUGCAGGACAUAUAUAAUUCAGUGGUUAAAGGCCAAGAAACCUCGGUGAAGACUGACCUCAUGGACUUCGGGACGGGCGAUUUGGGACUCACUUGGGAAACUGAUCCAGUCAAACGUCGUGAUGUAGCAAGGAAGGUCUUCCCGGCCUUUAGUAGCAAAGCUAUCAAGGCCAAGGAGCCUACUGUGCAGAUGUAUAUUGACUUAUUUGUUGACAAGAUGAGGGAACUUGGUGACACAACUGACGGAAUUGAUCUCUACGAAUGGACGAACUGGUUUGCUGCAGAUAUGUCAGCAGACCUGACGUAUAGUCGCGAACUACAUCAAAUGAGAGAUGGAAAGUAUACCGAGUUUCUCGAGACGUUACUAGGCACCAGUUUCUUGGGGACGGUCAUGCAAGUUUCCAAGAGAUUUCCGCUUCUUAGUCCACUUUCGAUUUUGUUCGUUCCGCCAAAGGUACUUCGAACCCUACCAACAUUCUUCAAAAUGAACAGCCAGGAGGUUCAAAAGCGCAUAGAUAAACGAGGAGAUACGGUACAUCCCGAUUUUGUCGACUACAUGCUACCACUCGAUGUCCCUGCACCUACGACAAAGAAAGAGAAAAUUCACCUAGAACAAGUUACCAUGCAACUCUUCCUUGCUGGAUUUGACCCUGUUCAAAUUGUACUCUUCAGCGCUGUCUUCUUUCUGUUGAAGACCCCGGACGCUUAUACAGCACUUGUGGAGGAAAUUAGAGAUACCUUCCGGGAUUACAACGACAUCACCCCUGACACAUUAAUUCAUGUGAAGUAUUUAAACGCCGUGAUUCAUGAAACACUACGUACACAUGUGACGACUAUCUCGGGCAUGCCACGAAGAAGCCCCGGUGCCACUGUCGCGAGUGUUUACGUCCCAAAAGGAGUUAUAUGCCAAGUUAGCAACUUCAACAUCUGUCGCAAUCCGCGCUAUUUCCAUGACCCGUUGAAUUUCCACCCGGAACGUUGGCUUCCGCCGGAUCAUCCUAGGUACGAUACCAAAUUCUCUAAAGAUGAUUUAAAGUGUUACUUGCCCUUUUCUAUCGGUCCUAGAUUAUGCACAGGCAGAGAGAUUGCAUGGAGUCAAAUCAGGCUGUUCCUUGCCAAGAUGCUGUGGACCUUUGACCUUGAAAUGAUCCGUGGACAAGACAAGACAUUCGACAAGGACUUCUGGGUACAUGCUAUAUGGCAUCGGCCAGAAGUACGAGUGAGAUUCUUACACCGGUACAGGACGGGUUAA